AGGAGGGGAUAGGCUGUGGACUCAAGAGAUAUCAAACAAAUCAGAGAAUUGAAUCAACUCAGAUCAAUUAUUGAGAGAUGGAAAAGGUGAUAUUAUUAUUGCUGCUCUUCUCUCUCAACUCUCAACUAACCAUGGGAGAAGGAACUGUAACAACAACAGGACCUAUUUCAAAUAUCUGCUAUCGGACACUCAACCUUGGUGAGAACCAAGUCAAACCUCUUAGCACCGAAGAUGAGAAUGCCAUUAUUGAAUUGAUUGGAUGUGAGACGAGCACUUACUCCAGAAAUGGCACGAAUUGCGAUAUGCGAAGAUCAGAUAGAGUUAUUUGUGACUGCAGUCUCGAUAAGGAUGUUUGCCGGGUGACAGCAAUUUGGUUUACAUAUGGUUGGGAAGGUGAAUUGCCAGAAGUAAUCGGAAACCUUACAAAUUUAUUCUCAUUAAAGUUGUAUGGAAACAAGUUUUCUGGCGAAAUUCCAAUGUCGUAUGCAAAUUUAAAGAAUCUCAUCCAUUUGGAUCUUGAAGGCAACGAAUUAGAAGGACCAAUACCCCCGUUUCUUGGUAAUAUGAAGUUGGAUUUCUUGGAUCUAUCUGGUAAUUCAUUUGAUGGUGAAAUUCCAACUCAAUUGGGUUCUCUUGUAAAUCUAACGUUUCUGGAUCUAUCUGAAAAUUCAUUCAGUGGUUCAAUUCCUACUCAAUUGGGUUCCCUUGUAAAUCUAAAGAUUCUGGAUCUAUCUCAAAAUUUAUUUAGUGGUUCAAUCCCAAUUCAGUUGGGUUCUCUUACAAAUCUAACUAGUCUGGAUCUAUCUAAUAAUUUAUUUAGCGAUUCAAUUCCAAUCCAGCUAGGCUCCCUUGUAAAUCUAAAUUAUAUGUAUCUCUACAAUAAUUCUUUUGGUGGUCCUAUUCCAAUUCAACUAGGCUCCCUUGUAAAUCUAUUGUAUCUGGAUUUAUCUGAAAAUUUGUUUAAUGGUUCAAUUCCAAUUCAGCUGGGUUCCCUCGUAAACCUAACGCGUCUAGAUUUGAGCGAUAAUUUAUUGUCAGAAGCAAUUCCAAUUGAAGUAGGGAACCUUAAGAGCUUGAUGAUUUUGGACAUUAGUGACAAUCAACUCUCUGGUCCUCUGCCCAAUCAGCUUGGAAAGCUCUCUCUUCUUAGAACUCUCAAUGUUCGAGGGAACAACUUGACUGGACGAAUUCCAGAUUCCAUUGGUCAACUAGGAAACCUCACUCGUUUGUCUCUACUAGGAAAUAAUUUUGAAGGUCCUCUGACUGAUCAAUUUUCAAAGUUGACAAAUCUUGUGAGCUUGCGUGUUAGCGACUUAGUUGGAGGAGAGUCGCAGUUUCCUAAUUUAACAAAUUUGAGUUCCUUGGAAUAUCUGACAUUGAGGAAAUGUUUACUUGGUGGCCCUAUUCCUCCUAUAAUCUGGAACCUACCGAAUUUGUAUUCUCUGGACUUGAGUUUCAAUAGUUUGUUUGGUCAGAUUCCAAAAUAUGUUUCCAGCCCACCAGCAUACUUAUUUCUCCGAGGAAAUAAGCUCAAUGGGACAAUUCCAAAAUGGAUAAUGAAUUUAACUUGGCAUUUUGAUGUGUCUGAAAAUUUUUUCACAAACAAUGUCGCAGAAAUUCAAAAUUUGCAUUCAAACUCCUCAAACUUGAACCUUUUUUCAUCCCUUAAUUCCAGUGAAGGGGGUACACAUUGGGAACAUGUUGGCUAUACCUGUAGCGACAAAAAAUACCUGUUAGAAGACCAUCUAUUUAUAAACUGUGGUGGUGAAUCAAUGAAAAUAAAUGGAAGUAUUUAUGAAGGCGAUCUGAGUUUAAAUGGAAGUUCAACUUUCUUUCUGAGUAGAAGUUUAACAUGGGGUUAUAGUAGUAUGGGAUCCUACACAUCAACAAAGGACGAAUACAUAAUGAACAAUACAUGCAUUGUUGGUGUUGGUGAUGUCCCUCUUUACAGUUCAGCACGUGUAUCCCCAAUCUCCUUGAAGUAUUAUGGAUUUUGUUUAAGAAAUGAUGAAUACACUGUGAAACUUCACUUUGCUGAAUUAGUUAGCAACGGCAACUAUAAAACCCCAUAUAUCAACAAAUCAGGUCGAGUUUUUGAUGUGGAUAUCCAGGGAAAGAAUGAACUUAAAAAUUUCCACAUAGAAAAGGAAGCAGAGGGUGUAAAUAAGGCUUACACUGUGGAAAUAGAAAAUGUUAUAGUUAACAAUAGUCGACUGGAGAUUCACUUAUAUUGGUCAGGGAAGGGUUCAAUGAUGUACCAAGGUCCACUUAUAUCUGCAAUUUCUGUAUAUCCUUCUAAAGAGAGUGAUCUGUCUCCUCCAAAGAUGGCUGCAAUCUCAUUAUCUGUCUUAAUUCUUCUGAUAGUGUUGAUGGUUUAUUUCUGGAAGAUAGAAGACAAUUCGCAUGAAGGAAUGGUUGAGUUGUAUCCUGGAGGACUUUACAACUUCCAUAAAGUAAAAGCUGCUGCCAACAAUUUCAAGGACAAACUUGGUGAGGGUGGAUUUGGAACUUUCUAUGAGGCCAAACUCGGCAAUGGAACAGCCGUUGCAGUUGAAAAGGUUUCAGCCACAAAAGAUAUAAUACGUGCAUUUCGGGAAAAGGAUUCUACAAUUUCUCUCAUGGAACAUCCGAACCUUGUAAAGCUGAUGGGAUGCAUUGCAGAGAAGAACCAACUGCUGCUGGUUUAUGAGGAUAUAGGCCGUAAUUCCCUUCAAAAUGCACUUUUUGGUUCGAACAAGUUGAAAUUAGAUUGGCCAACAAGGCGCAACAUUUGCCUUGGCAUAGCAGAAGGUCUAGCUUUUCUUCAUGAGUGCAAGCAGAAAAAUGUUCAUGGAAAUAUUAAACCAACCACCAUUUUUCUUGACAAAAAUCUCAAUGCAAAGAUAGCUGACUUUGGAUUUUCCAGGCUCCAUGACCAGGGAAAGUCACUGGUGGAUGGAACAGUGGUAUACCUGGCACCUGAAUACGCAAAAUAUGACCUUUUAACAACAAAGGCAGACGUGUAUAGCUUUGGAGUUGUUGUACUUAUAGUUGUUAGUGGAAAGAAAGAAAAGAUUUCAAUGUCUAGCAGCGGGGCUGACACCGAGUACCUUCCAGAUCUCGCAGCCCGUGAAAAGCAGAGAGAAGGGCAUUUUAUGAAUCUAGUUGACAAAACCAUAUCUAACAAAGUGGAUUGGAAUCAAGCUGAUACAACGUUAGAACUAGCAUUGAUGUGCUUGGACCAGUACCCAGAUCAAAGACCAUCCAUGUCUCAAGUUGUGAAGGUUCUAAAGGAACAGCUUCCAUUGAAGGAUCUAAAGGAAAGUUUAAAGCAGCUUUCUUCUGUCAGAGAAACUCAACCACAUGGUGAGAUUUCCACAACUCACCAUUCAAAAUCGAGGAGCACUUCAAGGGGUGGGAUGACAGACACCAGCGUUUCUGCUUCUCCCAGCAGCACUGCUUGAAUUGAAGAACAACACUGUAGUACAAAUCUAUGCUGCUUUUCAGUUGUUCUGAUCUGCUGAAAAUGAAAUGAAUGGUUUCCCAAAAGAAUUAAUUAAACCAGCUUUCCCAAACUCACAAGUGAUGAUGGUGAAAGCUGAUUUAAUUCCUUUGGGAAACCAUUUAUUUCAGCACAACAACUCAAAACCAUUUAUUUCAGCUUACACACCACCACUUGUGAGUUUCAGAAUCUGCACUGCUUUCCUAUUUUCAGUCUCUCCUCUCUUGCUAGUGUGCUUUGCUUUUGUGAAAUAAUAGUUGUGAUAUAUGACAUGCAUGUACGUACAAUGCUAUUAUUUUAUAUUUUCCACUUUGUAAUUAAAUUGUAUGUGUGUUGUGUUUCAGCAUGGCACCCCUAAAAUUCAAGUUAUUGGUGCUUUGAGAAUUGAGAAUUUUUAUUUAUUUA